CGAUUCAUGGUAUUAUUAACAAAAAACGGGCUACUUUUUAGAUGAACUUUUUCUGUCGCAAUGUCGUCAAUGGCUAAUGUGAUCAUUAUUCUUUGGUUGUCUAUUCUUGGCCAGGUCAAAGGUAAAGAUGGCUGUAAAGAUCUGAUUUAUCUUCCCUGCGUCCAAAACAAGACCUUUAGAGGUCACGUGAUCAACAGCUUUCGAAUCCUAGCUCCCGGGUUAGAAGAAUGUCAGUCAAGAUGUUUUAAAGAAAAGAUGCCGUGUGUAUCGUACAACUUAGGUCCCGUGACGGGACAUAUCACGACUUGUGAAUUGAAUGACCUGGAUCACGUGACUCAUCCAGGUGACGUCAUACCACAAGAGGGUUCCCAAUACUGCCCACUUAAGAAUCCAUGUUCAUCAAAUCCUUGUUCAGGUAGCAAAGUGUGCAUUCCAGAUUUUCAAUGGGAUACUACAAAGUGCGUAGAUGGGAUGUGGAGUCAGUGGAGUGAGUGGUGUAAAUGUCCUUCCACUCGAAGCCGUGUGCGUACCUGUCGUAACCCAUUUACGAACGCUACGGAAACAAGUUGCCCUGGACCAAGUCAGGAAAGUAACGAUGUGGUGAUAUUUAGAAAAGUUCCCACAAGCUGCUUCGAUGCUUUACAAUGCGGCUGCAGAAUAAGUGGUAUCUAUACUUUCAGAGACAAUAACAAAUUCUUCUUUGAAUUGAUGCUUUCCUAA